GGCCUCCAGAAGGAUCUUUCUACUCCCCACUAAUUUGAAAAGUCAGAAAUAUUAUCUUUGUCUUUCAGCCGGGGCCACAUAGCCAUCCAGAGCAACAGCCGUAUAUCUUAACUUGGCAGGACCUUUGUGAAUCUCCUCCUCCUUGGGUGAAGGCUUUUCUUGUCCCUGUUCCUGCUCCUACCCCUUCCCCUGCGAUUCUAUCUCUCAAACCUCCUCCUCCACCCUUUGUUCUCCCUGAGUCUCAAUAUUUGACUCUGCUGGACUCUCCUCCCUUUCCUUAUCCCCUGCCUCCGUUCCCCAACCCCCAACACCCUCUAAGUGAUUCCCCUGCUGCUGACUCAGCUUCUUUACCAUUGAAGGAGGUUAAGCAAGCCCAGCGCCCUUCAGAUGACUUUCCCGAGGCACACAUAGCCCCUCCUCCCCUGGAGGAAGCUGUCCCAGCUAAAGGAACUCGCCGGCAGCGAAUGAUUAAAAACCCUGAAGCCCCCAUGAUACUUCCCCUCCGUCCUCAUGGGCCAAUGAUAGAGGAUGGCCAUAAUGGAGAAAUGCAAGUCUACCAGUAUUGGCCUUUCUCCUCUUCAGAUCUAUAUAACUGGAAAAAUAACAAUCCCCCUUUUUCUGAGGACCCCACCCAGCUCACAGGUGUGAUCGAGUCAUUGAUGUUUUCACACCAGCCUACUUGGGAUGACUGCCAACAACUCUUAGGCACUCUCUUCACAACAGAGGAACGAAAGAGAAUCCUCCUGGAAGCAAGAAAAAAUAUCCUCGGACCAGAUGGGCGACCGGCACAACUUCCCAACAUAAUCGAAGCUGACUUCCCCUUGAACUGACCUAACUGGGACCCCAACACCUUUGAAGGUAGAAAGCAUCUGUCCACUUACCGCCAGGCUCUAAUAGCAGGUCUCCGAGCAGCCGCUAGACGGCCAACUAAUUUGACCAAGGUAAGAGAGAUUAUUCAGGGGCCUAAUGAAUCACCCUCUAUGUUUCUGGAGAAAAUUAUGGAAGCAUAUAGGAGAUAUACUCCUUUUGAUCCUCAGGCAGAGGAUCAAAAGGCAUCUGUCACGAUGGCCUUUAUUGGGCAAGCUGCCCUGGAUAUUAAAAAAAAGUUACAAUGCUUAGAUGGAUUACAAGAUAUGACUUUGAGAGAUUUAGGCAGAGAAGCCGAGAAGGUAUACUAUAAGAGAGAAACUGAGGAAGAGAAGGAACAAAGGGAGGAUGAAAGAAGCAAAAGACAGACUGAGGCAUUGACUAAGGUCCUGGUCACAACAACAAAUAGGCCAGAAGUUAGGAGACAGGGAGACAGAAAGGGAUACCUGGGCCCACGCCAAAAGCCACAUCUGGCCUCAGAUCAAUGUGCCUACUGUAGAGAAAAAGGACACUGGGUCAAAGAGUGCCCUAGAAAGAAACAGCCACGCAGCCAGGAUGACUAAGAAAGUCGGGGCUCGGAUCUCCUCCCCGAGCUCAGGGUAACUUUUGAAGUGGAGGGGACCCCAGUAAACUUUGAAGUGGAUACAGGGGCAAUAUACUUAGCCCUUAAGGCCCCAUUGGGCCCUCUAUCAACUAAAAGGUCUCUAAUUCAAGGGGCUAACGGCAGUAACUAUCAGGCUUGGACAACUAAGAGGACCAUGGACCUGGGAAAAAGAAAAAUCCAUCACUCCUUCCUAGUGAUCCCAGAAUGCCCAGCCCCAUUGAUGGGCAGAGAUCUGCUCACCAAACUCCGGGCCAAAAUAACUUUUAACCCUGAAGGCCCCCAAAUGGAAUUUCUAAAUCCUUCAGUAAAAACUCCUAUAGUCAUGGCUUUAACUAUGUCAGUAGAAGAUGAACAUCAACUCUUCCCACCCCCCAAGACUGACCAAACAGGCAAGCUACCCCAGAAAUGGAUAACAGAUUACCCAGAUGCCUGGGCAGAAAUUGCUGGGUUAAGCCUCGCCGUAAAACAACCUCCAAUAAUGGUGGAGUUAAAAACCUCAGCCUCCCCAAUUAAUAUUAAACAAUAUCCUCUGAGCAAAGAAGCUAAAGAUGGGAUGAGGCCCCAUAUUCAGAAAUAUCUGGCCUUAGGGGUCCUAAGGUCCUGUCAAUCGGCCUGGAACACUCCCCUGCUACCAGUAAAAAAGCCAGGAACUGGGGACUAUCGCCCCAUUCAAGACCUAAAAAAGAUCAACAACAGAGUGCAGGACAUUCACCCCACAGUACCUAAUCCAUACAAUCUGCUUAGCACCCUGAACCCUGAACGAAAAUGGUAUACUGUCCUGGACUUAAAAGAUGCUUUCUUUUGCUUGCCUCUGCAUAAAGAUAGUCAAUUGCUGUUUAUACAUUUUCAGGAUGGAUUGAAGCCUUCCCCACAAAAAAAAAGAAAAGAAACAGCACAAAUGAUGGUCAAAAAGAUCCUGAAAGAUAUUUUUCCAAGAUACGAUCUGCCUAAGGUAAUAGGGUCUGAUAAUGGACCGGCGUUCGUGGCCCAGACUCUGGCUGGAAAUUGGAAAAAAACUGGUAACCCUCUCAAAUUUCGUAUUCGCCGUGUGGAUAAGGCUAUGGAUUCUCCCCCUGACCACCAGAAGUCCUAA